GCAUGGGUGCUGUUCAUGGCCUUCACGGUCAUGGUUGACACAUACAAAAGCACCUUGGAGCGGGAACCCACUCUCGAGUAUGGGUAGGCGACUAUUACGCUGGUGUCUCCUAGUAUUCCCUUGAUUGUUACUGAGCCUCAGUUGGUGAAACCGCUCUAGUUACGUCGCAGGUCUUAUGCAGAACCUGGCUAUCGCAAACAUGACCCCCCAAGAACAGAAACCGCGGUUCCGGAAGGUCCAAAGCUUCCGCACCAACUAUGCCCCAACUGGUAUAACCCAGUAUGAGUCUGAGAGAAGUGGCAUGCAGGUCAUUGUGGCCGACCGUAACGGGCCCAAAGUCAACGGUUACUUCACCCUAGCCACCGAGAUCUUUGACGACUCUGGUGCACCACAUACCUUGGAGCAUCUGGUAUUCAUGGGUUCCAAGAACUACCGGUACAAGGGGCUCCUGGACAAGUUGGCCGGCCGGGCCUAUUCGAACACGAAUGCCUGGACUGCCGUCGACCACACGGCAUACACGCUCGAGACCGCUGGUUGGGACGGCUUCGCCCAGAUCCUGCCCGUCUAUCUGGAGCAUGUUAUCCUUCCCAUCAUUACCGAUGAUGCUUGCCUGACCGAAGUCCACCACAUCGAUGGUGAGGGAAACGAUGCCGGUGUGGUCUACUCCGAAAUGCAGGCCCUUCAGUACAGUAGCAGCGAGCUCAUGGAUCUGAGAGCCCGCCGACUGCUCUACCCGGAGAACAUUGGGUUCAGAUAUGAGACUGGCGGUAUGAUGGAGGCACUCCGAGUCCUUACCCCAGACAGGAUUCGGGAGUUUCACAAAGCCAUGUAUCAGCCUCAAAAUCUGGCAGUCAUCAUCAUUGGCGAGGCCGACCACAAUGAUCUGCUAAGGAUCCUGGACGAUUUUGAAGAGAGCAUCAAAGACGAUGUCCCACCUCCGAACCCAAACUUUAAACGCCCCUUUGUUGACUCUGCUCAGCCGCCACCUUUGCAGAGCACCGUCGUGGAGACGGUCGAGUUUCCUGAGGAGGAUGAGUCAACCGGCGAGAUCGUCGUGGCUUUCUUUGGUCCCAGCUGCAUUGACCAGGUGCAAGGUACGGCGGUAAACAUCCUCAUGACGUACCUGUGCGGGUCGUCCGUGUCUGUCAUUGAAAACACCAUGGUCGAAAAGGAGCAGCUUGCAAGUUCUGUCUCGUACUGGUGGGAUAGCCGGCCAAAUUCAGUCAUCUGGUUCCAGCCCACCGGCGUAGCCACGGAAAAGCUCGCCUUCGUUGAGCAGCGCCUCAUCUCUCUUCUGAAGGAAAUAGCCUCGAAGCCUCUCGACAUGGACUACAUCAAAGAGUGCCUACAGCGAGAGAAACGGCAGGUCAAGCUUCAGGCUGAGGGAUCUGAACAGUUUUACGCCACGAACCUGAUCACGGAUUAUCUCUUUGGGAAGCGUGACGGGUCUACGCUGAAAGACCUGGAAAACCUGAACGAGUACGACGUCCUGGACACCUGGACUGACGAGCAGUGGAGGGAGUUCCUGAGGAAAUGGAUCUCUGAUGCCCACCACAUCUCCAUUCUAGGCAAGCCUUCAAUGGAGCUUGCCAACACUCUCAAAGCGAAUGAGGAGGCGCGCAUUGCAAAGAGAAAAGAGGAACUAGGAAACGCUGGCCUUGAGGCGUUGAGGGAAAGGCUCGAGGAAGCAAAGAAAAAUAACGAGAAACCAAUCCCGCCCGAAGUGCUCGACCGCUGGCCUGUUCCAGGAACCUCGUCCAUCCAUUUUAUCGAAUCCGAAACGGCAAGGUCGGGCAAAGCCCGGAGUUUGGGUGUUCUCGACAACGCGGCGCAAAAGGCCAUAGACUCUGCACCCCAAGGACUGCCCCUAUUUGUGCAGUUUGAAGACGUUCCCACCAACUUUGUUCACGUUACGGUUCAUGUCGGAAUGUCGCAGACACCGGUCAAAUACAAGCCGCUGUUGCCAUUGUUUGCAGACAACUUCUUCAACUCGCCUGUGGUACGGGACGGCAAACGCAUGGAGUUUGAGGAAGUGGUUAAGCAGCUUGAGAAGGACACCAUCAGCUACCAUAUCAGCUCAGCCAGCCGGAUGGGCCUGGGCGACUACGAGAGCAUUGCUCUGCAGUUCCAGGUAGAUCCAGAUAAGUACGCAACCGUCGUCAGCUGGUUGCGCACUCUGAUGUUUGACGUUAUAUUCGAUCCCGUUCGGAUCAAGGCUGCCAUUGUCAAAGCCCUUGCAGACAUUCCCGAGGCGAAGCGAGAUGGACGAGCGAUGGCACAGGAGGUCGAUAUGGCGAUCCACCUCAAGCCUGAAUCAUAUCUCGCGGCAAAACGGACACUGGUUAAGGCUGUCUACCUACGUCGACUCAAGAAACUCAUCGAGAAGGAACCUCAGACAGUAUUAUCGUGGUUCGAGGAGCUGCGACGGAGUCUCUUUGCAUUUGAGAACAUGCGCAUCCUUGUCACAGCAGACGUCGCCAAGCUUUCAAACCCCGUCAACACUUGGGAUAUACUCACCAAGCAUCCGGACCUCGACCCUACCAAGGAUGUUUUGCCAAUCACCAAGCUCCAUUCGAUGCUGAGCCAAGAGGGAGCGGCACCAGGCGGCUUCGGUAGCGUCAUCAUCCCCAUGACAACCCUUGACAGUUCGUACAGCGUGAGCUCGGCGAUAGGGCUCAAGUCGUACUCCGACCCCCGACUGCCUGCCUACUUAGUUGCACUUGGCUAUCUGGAGGCUGUGGAAGGCCCGUUGUGGAAUGCCGUUCGCGGCAACGGCCUUGCUUACGGCGUCUCGUUUUCGCGCGAGGUCGACGGGGGCUACAUUCAGUUCAAAGUGUACCGCUCUCCUGAUGCCAGCAAGGCGAUUGAGGCGAGCCGCGCUACUGUGGCGAAGCUCGCCUCGGGCGAAAUGCCGCUCGACAGGCAUUUGGUCGAGGGUGCGGUCAGCGGCGUCGUCUUUGGUGCUGCCGAGGAGCAGGCGACUAUGGCUGCUGCGGCCCAGCAGAACUAUGUAAUCGGCGUUGUUCGCGGGCUCGAACCGGGCUGGAAUCGCAAGAUCUUGGCUCGGGUGGCUGAGGUCACUCGGGAUGAGAUUCGUGCCGUGAUGCGCGACGUCAUCAUGCCCGUGUUCGAACCCGGGAAGAGCAAUGUCGUUGUAACAUGCGCUCCAAUCAUGGAGGAGGUGAGUCCGCAACCCAGGGUUUCUUUCAGUGGAAGGUUGACACUGACAAUUCAUUGCAGAACAUGGUGAAGGCGCUCUCUGCCAUGGGUUACAAGACGCAGGUUCAGCCUCUCUCGCAUUUCUACAACGACUACGGGCUGGAGGCGGAUGAAGAAGGCGAAGAGGAAGAUGAAGAGGAUGAGGACGGGGAGGACGAGGAUGAUGAGGAGGAUGGCGGCUCAGAUGAGGCGUCGAACGGAUCAGGCUCUGACAGAGACAUGGAGGAUUGAAGAGAUAUAGAUCUUGAUAGACCGAUCUACUUCGCGCCAUAUAUGCGGAGAUCUUUGGA